AUGUCGCUUGAAUUAGAGUACGAAGUCACCUUGCCUAACGGCCUCAAGUACACUCAGCCUUCGGGAUUGUUCAUCAACAACGAAUUUGUCAAGUCCAAGGCUGGAAAGACUUUGGAAUCUAUCAACCCAUCCACUGGUGAGGUCAAUGGUGCUGUCUACGCUGCCGAGGAAGAUGAUGUUGACAUUGCUGUCACUGCUGCCAGAGCUGCUUUCAAGUCAUGGAAAAAAUCCACUGGUGUCGACAGAGGAAAGCUCUUGUUCAAGGUCGCUCAGCUCUUGGAGGAAGAGAAGGAAAAGGAAUUGAUCACUUCAAUUGAGGCUUGGGACUCUGGAAAGACCAAGGAGCAGAAUGCUCAAUACGACAUCGAUGAAGUGAUUGAGGUUUUCAGAUACUAUGCUGGCUGGGCUGACAAGAUUCAAGGUAAGGUUAUUUACAACAACCCAAAGAAGUUUGCCUACACUGUGCACGAGCCAUUUGGAGUGUGUGGACAAAUCAUUCCAUGGAACUAUCCAUUACUCAUGGCUGCCUGGAAGUUGGCUCCAGCACUUGCUGCUGGUAAUGUGAUUGUCAUGAAGUCUUCUGAGAUCACUCCAUUGUCCAUCUUGUAUUUUGCCACAUUGUUCAAGAAGGCUGGAUUCCCUCCUGGUGUGGUUAACAUCUUGUCUGGAUACGGUGCUACUGCUGGUAAGGCAUUGGCUGCCCACAAGGAUGUGAACAAGAUCGCCUUCACUGGUUCAACUGCUACAGGUAAGAUCAUUCAGCAAUUGGCAUCUUCCAACUUGAAGGCUGUCACCUUAGAAUGUGGUGGUAAGUCGCCAUUCAUUAUCAGACCAGAUGCCGACCUUGAGCAGGCUGUCAAAUGGGCCGCUGUUGGUAUCAUGUCCAACCAAGGUCAGAUCUGUACCUCCACCUCCAGAAUUUACGUGCAUGAGAGUGUUUACGAGAAGUUCUUGACUGCUUUCGCUGAACACAUCAAGGCAGACUACAAACAGGGUGACAUGUUCAACGAUGAGGCUGUUGUUGGUCCACAGGUGUCACAGAUGCAAUACGACAAGAUUUUGUCUUACCUCGACAUUGGUAAGAAGGAAGGUGCCAGAGUGAUCCUCGGAGGUAAGGCCAACAAAGACGCUGGUAAGGGAUUCUUCAUUGAACCUACUGUAUUUGCUGAUGUGAAGCCAGACUUCAGAAUCGUCAGAGAGGAGAUUUUCGGUCCAGUUGUCGCUGUGGGCAAGUUCACCACCGAUGAGGAGGCCAUUGAGCUUGCCAACGAUUGCGAGUACGGUUUGGGAGCUGCCAUCUUCACAAAGGAUAUCACUGUGGCCCAUAUAAUGGCCCAGGACCUUGAGUCUGGACAGGUUUGGAUCAACUCUUCGAAUGACUCCGACGUCCAUGUUCCAUUCGGAGGUGUGAAGAUGAGUGGUGUCGGCAGAGAGUUGGGAGAGUAUGGUCUUAGCAUGUACACUGAGGCCAAGGCUGUCCAUGUGAACUUGGGAUCUGUUUUGUAA